UAAAUCAGUCAGUCAUUUUGUAGAACUAGCAGUCCAGAGUUGCAGAAGGCAUUGAGCAAUUGGAGUGAAACAAGUGUGAAUAUAGUAUUUAGGAAGGCAGAAAAUUAAUUUGUUUUCACAAGCACGCUUCUCGUUCUCCACCGAAAAUAUUAAUAUUGAUCAAAAUGAAAACUAGAUUUAGCACGUAUGAUCUGUUGUGCAGCGUCACAGAACUUCAAAAGUGAGUCUUUCCGUCCACCUCAUCUGUUACCCGAUCGCUUAAUUUUGUGUUUUUAGAUUUUUAAAUAAAAUGAUGGAUGCGCAGAGAGUAUUUGUAUGUCUGAAGAAACAGAAUUAAGAAUCGGCUGCUGUUAAAUGUUUUAUGGACGUUGCUUGAAAUGCCAAGAUGUACUAAGGAGCUUUGCUAGUACCCUGACUGCAAAGAUCCUAAACAUUCAAAAUGUUUAUAAUAUUCACCGAGUGGCUAGUACAAUACUCGUUUUUGAUUGGAAGUCCAGUGUUGUUCGUAAGGACUCAGGAAAUUUUAAGAAAUGAGGUCAGUACAAGGAUCUGAAGCCUUUCUGUUUUUUGCCAUCUGUUCAGUUUCUGUUGUACUUUCCUGGAUGUUUAAGAGGCCGUCCGCAAUUUUCAAAAGGAAGACCAGAAGUUGAAACUCUGUAAAGGUACAUAUUGAAAUUUAACUCUUUCAUUAGAGAAACUGGAAGAAACUGAAGAAUAAGUAGAGAAAAACACUUUGAGAGCAUUCUGACAGGAGAGUUGCAUAAAAUUAAUCUGACUGAAAUAACACAUACAGAAACAAGAUAUAAGGAGAGUUAUUAAAUCAGGUAUGAAAGUUCUAAUUGGAAGGAUGUCUCACAUCAUCAUUUUUGAAGUAACUGCUGCUUGUUCUGUAUUUGAUACUGCCUCAUGGCAGACUGGUAGUGAACAGAUGUUUUGGUGACUUGGAAGAGAAAGUUGUCACCACUUUUCACUGCUGUGUUUUAAAUCAUCCACCUGAGAAGCACUCAGUGAGUGGUAUGAAGCCAAGGCAUGUGCUAGGGAAUGAAGCUCGAUGAGUUACUAAAGUCUGUUUUUGCAAACAAAAAUAUAUUCGCACUCCUCAAGAAGGCCAUGUCAGUACUCACUGAGCUCCCAGUUUCUGUAGCUGCCCACAAAAUGGGAUUAAAUGAAGUGAACCUUGUGAAGAAUAAGCUUAGAUUGUUGUUUCAUAAUGACACUUUAAACAGGCUGCUAAUGAUGCAUGUUGAUCGGCUUGCGUGUUGCUCAGGUUUAUGACAUAGAUCAUAAAACUUAUCUAAUAAAACUUCAAAGAACGGAAGAGAAAUGUAUGUUGCUUCUUGAAUCUGGUAGUCGGCUGCAUUCAACUGCAUUCGAAUGGCCAAAGAAUGUUGCACCAUCUGGGUUCAGUAUGAAGAUGAGAAAGCAUUUACGCAACAAGCGCUUGGAGUGCUUGAAACAGUUGGGAAUGGAUCGAAUAGUUGACCUGCAGUUUGGUUCUGGUGAAGCUGCAUACCAUGUGAUUUUGGAGUUGUACGAUCGUGGAAACAUUGUGCUCACAGACUGUAAUCUGAUGAUACUGUAUAUUCUUCGCCCCCACACUGAAGGCGAAGAGGUCAGGUUUGCAGUUCGUGAGAAAUACCCAUUGGACAGAGCACACCAACGUGAAGGUCCUCCAGCUGCAGAAAAGUUACACAGUUUACUGUCAUCAGCCACACUGGGGGAUAGUCUGAAGAAGAUCUUGAUACCCCAUUUUGAUUAUGGCCCCGCAAUAAUUGAACAUGUGCUGCUGAAAGCAGGGUUCAGUACAGGCUGCAAGCUUGGCAAAGGAUUUGAUUUGGAGAAAGAUAUGUCAAAACUUCUGGCAGCCCUGAAUGAAGCAGACCACUUGUUGGAUUUGGCUUUGCAGCGGGAACCAAAAGGUUAUAUCGUACAGAGGAAAGAGAAACGUCCCCUGCCUGAUGGGGGUGAAGAAGACUUCUUUUCAAAUCAGGAGUUUCAUCCAAUGGUGUUUGAGCAGCAUGCUGGAUUACCCAUACGAGAGUUUCCCAGUUUCGAUACAGCUGUAGAUGAGUUCUUCUCAACAUUUGAAAGCCAGAAGAUUGACAUGAAAGCCUUGCAACAGGAGCGUGAAGCCAUGAAGAAGUUAGCAAAUGUUCGCAAGGAUCAUGACCAGAGAUUAUUGGCUCUUGAACACACACAGGAAACAGAUAAGCAGAGAGCAGAACUGAUCUCCGUAAACCAGCAUCUGGUGGACAGUGCGAUUCUUGCUGUACGCAGCGCGUUGGCCAAUCAGCUGCCAUGGCCUGAUAUUCAAAACCUGAUAAAGGAAGCGCAAGCUAAAGGGGAUCCAGUUGCUUCUAGUAUCAAAGGACUUAAAUUAGAAAUAAAUCACAUCACAAUGAUGCUGAGAGAUCCAUAUACUGAGGAAGAUUCGUCAGAUGAAGAUGGCAGGGACGAGAAUGUGGAGUUGAAACCGAAGUUGGUUGACAUUGAUCUUGACUUGACUGCUUUCUCCAAUGCUACAAAAUAUUAUGACAAAAAGAGGAGCGCUGCUAAAAAGCAGCAGAAGACGCUGGAAUCGCAAGGCAAAGCUUUGAAGUCUGCUGAGAGGAAGACGAAACAAACAUUGAAAGAAGUUCAGACUAUGACUAGCAUCAAUAAAGCGAGAAAAGUUUUCUGGUUUGAAAAGUUCUUCUGGUUUAUCAGUUCUGAGAAUUAUCUAGUGAUAGGUGGACGAGACCAGCAACAGAAUGAAGUGAUCGUGAAGCGUUACAUGCGACAAGGCGACAUCUAUGUGCAUGCCGAUAUACAGGGCGCUAGUAGUAUAGUUAUCAAGAAUCCUACUGGAGAGCCAGUACCACCCAAAACGCUGAAUGAAGCAGGCUGCAUGGCCGUCUCAUACAGUGUUGCGUGGGAUGCAAAAGUUGUUACAAAUGCCUGGUGGGUGGAGAGUGAUCAGGUGUCGAAGACUGCCCCUACUGGAGAGUACCUGACAACAGGCAGCUUCAUGGUCCGUGGCAAGAAGAAUUACCUGCCGCCAUGUCACCUUAUCAUGGGCUUCAGCUUCCUGUUUAAACUUGAUGACAGUUCCAUCUUCAGGCAUAAAGACGAGAGGAGAGUCCGAGGUUCUGAGGAUGAUGCCUCAUCUGUAGCUACUACAUUGGAUUCCAUGUCCUUAGUUCCACUGGAAGAAGAGGAAGAGAUUCAGUUGCUUGACAGUGAGGAAGAGGGUGGAGGGAAGGAAGAUAAUUCUAAAUCUUCAAAUAAUAGCAUGGAGGGGGAAAAGGAAGAACAAAGGAGAGAUGAAGACCAGAGUAGCAACAGCAGUGAAAGCCUGGAGAAUGAGGAGCAGGUUGAGCAGGGAAGCCUGGAAUUUCCUGAUACAGAAAUCAAGAUUGAACACGUCGGAGGCAAUCAGAUCACACUACAUACAACAUCCACAAUGAUUCUGCCUUUGGAGCAAUCAUCAGAACAGGAAGUGGUCUUUCUUGGAGAUGAUAAACCUGUCAGUCUAAAACCUUUGUUGUCUACAAAUCAUCAGAAGAGAACAAGCAUCUGCAAAUCACGCAGCAACAGUGUUCAGGAAGGUGAUGACAGGGGAUGGAUGGAACAGACAGGAAAGCAGCAACAGCAGCAGCAACACUUGAAACGUGGUCAGAGAGGGAAACUGAAGAAGAUUAAAGAAAAGUACAAAUAUCAAGAUGAGGAAGAAAGGAAAUUGAGGAUGGAAAUCUUACAGUCUGCAGGUACUGGAAAGGACAAUAAAAAGGGGAAGAAAUCUAAGACGUCAAGUAGCAAAGAUUCAACUAAAGUGGAGAAGAAGAUUAACCCUCCACGAGCGUCAAGGUUAGCUGCUCCCCCAAAAACAGCGGAGGACGGAGAAGAUUCAGAUGGAGGGGAAGCGGUUGAGGAAGUUACAGUUGCAGCAGAUGUCGACAUGCUGGACUCACUGACAGGAAUGCCGGUACCUGAAGACGAGCUGCUGUUUGCGGUGCCUGUGGUUGCACCUUACAGUACUCUCCUCAGCUACAAGUUUAAAGUGAAGUUGACGCCAGGCACAGGUAAGAGGGGAAAAGCUGCAAAGACAGCAAUAAACAUGUUUCUGAGGGAACGCACCACCACAGCAAGAGAAAAGGAUCUCAUACGUAGUGUGAAGGAUGAAAACUUAGCUAGAAACCUGCCUGGGAAGGUGAAGUUGUCUGCUCCGCAACUGCAGAAGUUACGCAAAUAAAAGUCUGUGAGUAUGUGAGGUGGAUGUGAAGUCAUGGCUCGUUCAUCACCUUGUAAUCACAGAACUGCUGUUGCUGCUGGAAGCUUGCCCUUGUUGAUAUUAUCUAUACUCUGUAGUUAGAAGUACAGAAUGUAGAAUACUUUAAAAUAUAAAACAAAUGUAAGAUAGCA